AUGUUCAGCGGAAGACCUAUGAAUAUGAACACCAGCACUACCUCCUAUCCACAACAACAAGGAUCAUAUCCACCACAACCCUAUCCACAACAACAAGGAUCUCAACAAUGGCCUUUAAAUCAAGAUCAAUUCAAUCAAUUGAAGCAACAACAAAAUCUUCAAAAGCCAACAUCCAUCAUCACCAAGAUUUAUCUCCCUGAUGAUGAAAUUAGACGCACCACUAUUGAUGCUUCCUUUGAUCUCAAGAAAAUCACCACUAAAGUAAAAAGCUUUGCAAAUGUUGCUGACAAGGAUCUCCUCCUUGCUUGGCUCGAUGAUCAAGAUGAAUUUAUCAGAUUUGACACUGAAGAAGAGUGGGCUGAAGCUCUCAAGCAUGCUGCCACUGUUCCUGUUUUCAAAUUGAAGGUUAUUCAAAAGAAGGUGCCUGUGGCUCAACCACCUCAACAAUCAAAUGCUGCCGGCAAGAAGAAGAACAAGUCUGAACAGACCACACAAGGUCAGCAACCACCUGUAGUUCAACCAAAGGCACAAUCUCCUGUUCAACAGCCUCCACAACCACAACAGCCACCUGUAGUUCAACCACCUGUAGUUCAACCACCUGUAGUUCAACCACCUGUAGUUCAACCACCUGUUCAACAAUCAAAGCCACCUGUAGUUCAACCAAAGGCACAAUCUCCUGUUCAACAGCCUCCACAACCACAACAGCCACCUGUAGUUCAACAACCACCUGUUCAACCUCCUUCUUUCCCUCAACAACCACAGCAACCAUUUCAACCACCAGUUCAGCCACAACAACCAUUCCAACCACCUUUUAAUCAACCACCUUUUGGUCAGUCACCUAUGAUGAGAUCUCCAAUGGGAGGCCAACAACCUCAACCUUUUGGUGCAACAAUGAAUCCACCAACAAUGAAUGUGCCAAUGGGUCAACCUAUGAACGCUAACAUGAACCAACCAAGCGCUACUUCUUUCAUGCAACAACCAAAGACACUUGGAAAUAGCGUUACCUUAAACCAACCACACCCUCUUAACAUGAGUGGAAUGAGCAGAUCUCCUCAGACACAACCUCAAACCACAGUUGAUCCUGAUCUCGAAAAAUACAGUGCGGAAUUGAAAUACUUGGAAGAUAUGCAAAUGUCUGGCACCAAGGAGUUGCAACUCCAAUUGCUCAAGAAGUACAAUGGUAGUCUUACAGAAGUAGUCAACGAGUUGUUUAAUCUCAAUGAAACAAAAUGA